UCCCCCGCCGCGCCGUCCCCCCGCCAGCGAAGCCCCUCCCCGUCCGGCCCCCCACCGGAACUCGCCGGCCAGAGCAGAGCGGAUCGACCGCGCGAGCCAAGCUGUCGCUGCUGCCUCCCCGCACCGACCGACGACCGUGCAGCGGCUGCCGCGCGCGUGCGUGUCUACGACGAUGUCGACCCAGUUGGCUCCGGUGCCGCCGUUCUGAGCCGCCGCCCCCCACACCGUCCACCCCACCCUUGCCAGGGGAUCCUCCGUGCACACGUCGUCCGCCCGAAGAGCGUCGCCGCGCGAGAGAGUGCCUUGCUGGACGUGCGCGCCUGUGCUUCGGCUUCGAUGCCGGCGGGCUGAGUGGCAACAAGCCGGCAGCCAGGCAUGGUGUCACCGCCGGAGACCAUGAUGCCUACAGCGGCCCCCAACAAGCCCAAGCUCGGCUUCUCCAUCGAGUCGAUCGUCGGCAAGGAUGCGGUCGACGAGCGGCGAGCGGACGUCGCCGCCACCGCUCACCACCACCACCACCUACCGGACUCGGACUCUCUGGCGGCCUCGGGUCCGCCGGACUCGCCCCGGCCCCCCGCCGUGCCGCCGGUCUCCGGAGGCGGCGUCGCCGUGCCCAUGGCCACGUUUCCGCCUCUGGCGGCCGCGUACGCCGCGAUGGUCGCCGAACACCACCAUCACCAGCAGCAGCAGCAGCAGCACCAUCAGCUGUCCCGCGGCCCACCGCCAUACCUGGGCUCGGCGUCGGCGCUCCAGCACCACCACCCUCCGCCACCCACCGCGCUGGGACACCUGGUGGGACCCGGUGGGCCCUUCAUGGUGUCCCGGGACCCGCAGCCCCUCUACCCCUGGUUGCUGGCGGCCAGGCAUUCGAGGCUCUUUGCGCACCGAUUCGGAGGUCCCGAGCCGGCGGGCUUCCUGCUGCACCCGUUCCGGAAGCCCAAGCGGAUCCGCACCGCCUUUUCGCCGUCGCAGCUGCUGAAGCUGGAACACGCCUUCGAGAAGAACCACUACGUCGUCGGCGCCGAGAGGAAGCAGCUCGCGCAGUCCCUCAGCCUCACCGAAACGCAGGUGAAGGUGUGGUUCCAGAACCGACGGACCAAGCACAAGCGCCAAAAGCAGGAGGAGGAGCACUCGACGUCCCACGGAGGCUCGGACUGCAAGGCGUCCUCAUCGCCUAGGCCGCCGGCCGCGCUCUCGCCGGACAUCCAGAUGGACGACUCGAGCUCCGACUCGACGCAGCCGGACCCACUGUCGUGACGCCAGCAGCUCUCGCCCGUGACGCAAGAGCAUCAUCAGCAGCCGCCCGUGCAGCUGCCUCGCGGACUGUGCGCCCCUUGUGGACCGUACGCCGCUGCUGGGCCGGUCGCCGCGUUGUGGACGCUGGGCGGGGGGCUGGCGCCGCCGCGAAUGUGAACUCCCCUUCGGACGAUGCGCGUGUGUUUGCGCGAUUUCACUGUCGACGACGACGAUGCAGUUCCUCGCUUCACUCUCAUGUACACUCAUGGAACCACGUUGGUGACCCCGUGCGCCAGAUCUCGGCCGCAGUGGACAACUGCUGCUGCCAGACCGUCGUGCUCACGAGGAUGGGACUCGUUGCUUUGCUUUUUGCUCUCCUCCGUGAAUGGCAUGUGUGGCGAACGAAAAUGGAAUUACAUUCUCAGACAGCCCAUUGGCGCAUUGGGGCCUCUGAUAAAGAAGGGCGCCGUUAACUGGUUGCGCGGGAUAAUGCGCUGUAUUUCGACCAUAGCAGCCUGUAACACUUAAUCAGUCAAACCAAAAAACAAAAAAAAAGGGGGGGGGGGGGGAAGAAUGACGAAGCAAGAAGUGCAGUGAAGUCCUGGCUUGGCAAACUCCGGUACGGGUCCCGUGCUUCGAUAUGGCAUUAUGACUGAAGCGGGCGUCAUUCACGUGGUUCCCGAGCUUCACGUAAUUAACGAAGCGGUCGGCCUCUAUACCGCUGGGCACACUGUGUGCGUGUGGGUACCCGGUGCGACCGCGCUUAGUCGGAGCUGCCGACGGAGACAAGGCGCGGCCGCGUCGAAGCGGUGUGUCGGUCGGCGAGGCUCGCGUGACCAUUUCGGUGUGCUGUUACGCGAGUUCCCGUUACACGGGGUCGUCGUUAUCUGCGUGUUAAACUGUGUCCAAAUACUUUCUCUUUUUAUCCGGCAGGUAUGCGAAGCACUCUUCGCCGUAUGGCACUUCGCAAUGAGGAAAUCAGGAUUUUCCUUAAAUUUUAGUCGCAAGAGUUUCGGUGAACUGUGAGAGCCGCCUCUGAUUGGGUCUUUCUGCAUCUGCGCGCGCUGCCCGCGGGAGGCUUGGCGCUGAUCCAGUUCCAAAAUUUACAACGGCAUGAACUGUUUCUUAACAGUCUCGUUCAUGUCUGGUUGUAGUCUUUCAUUGCGCAUAACGUACGUAUGCGCUCGAAGGCACGCAAACGUCUUUGAGGGGCGGUCGACCGCCUUGGGCUGGCGCCCGGUCACUCCUAUAUAGCAAGGGCCAACGUAUAUAAGAAUCUGUAAGCUGAUGCGCCUGUGAUUUCGUUCAUUUUAACUCUUGCUGCUUGAUUUCACACAUCGGCGCAUAUAAAUUAGCAGAAAGGAAAUAAGCAAAGUUAUAGAAAACACAAAGGACGACUUUCAGUGUAUUACUGGAUGUUAAUUGUUUUUUUUUCUUCAUCUAUUUUUUUUUUCGUAAUGGAGGACAGCUUCGUAUGCGUUUGCGCUCCGGAUACUUCGUCGACGUGAGUACCGUACUUCACAAUAACCGCACAGAGAUUAAUGAAUGUAGGGAUCCCUUCUUGGUGAACAAGUAGGGCGUUUUUAACAAAGUCGUGUUAAGAACAUUGCACGAGUCGCCGCCUCCCCCUCGUCUGUGGCAUAUACCGUCGAACGCGCCUCCGCCGUCGAAAGAUAUAUAUAGCGACGAAAAACGCCCCUAGAUGAACCGCUCUCCAUGCGGGCUGUGGUGCACGCACUCUGAAUCAGCGUGCCGCGCUGCUUGAAGCCUGAGCGUGUGCAGUCGCGACGGACUAGCGUACUUUGAGUGACUUCGUACUCCGAGAAGUUCUUCCGCCGACAGACUCGUUGCGCUGUGUGUUACGUAUGGACGGUGCAAACGGUGUUGCGACGUCGGCGCCGACCGACGACGACAAAUGACGACGAUGUGGCCGCGACGUGCUAUAGGACUGAGCGUGUGCGGAAGAAGCAAUGGACACGCUGACUCUCGAUGUGCCCGGCGGGCCGAAGUGCGUAUGUGUGUGUGUGUGUCUUCACCUGUGUGUGUGUGUGUUUGGCGUCCAUCGCGGUCGUACAUUCAUGUUCGUUCGAAAGCCGUGUGUACAGAAUCGUGUUCUUUGAGUUUCUUUUUUUUUCUUUGUCGUCGCCCUUGACCACGUGUUUAUUCUUCCUUCUGGCUUCUUCACCCCCUCCCCCCCCCCCUUUUUUUUUUUAUUCUUGCACACCACUUGCUCGAGCCUUUGUUCACGCCAUGAUGGCGUUAUGUCUGAAGGCACCGACACUCAUCAACAGCACCUGAAGGAAAGGCCAACCGUUGCCUCUGAAACCAAAGAAGCCUUUCUUUUUUCUUUUUUCUAAUUUUCAGAGGCUGAACUGAAACUUUCUCAGCAUCAGACGCAUUGCGCCUCGAUAGAGCCUCAGUGUGGUCGAGCAAUGUGAGCGCUGUGUGCAGCCUGGAGUUUUAACCUUAAACUGAAAAAUAGUCGUGUGAAACAAAAUGGAAAAAGGAGCGAGAGAGAUCAGUAAGGCAUCAGUUUGCGACUUGGGAAAUUCUAGCGAUUUGGUGUUUCAGGCAAUUAAGCCCACCCAUCCCUUGCCACCAGUUUUGAUAAACCAGCGUCAGGAGUGUUUUGCUCAACUGCAUUGAGUGUGCGUGUAAACUUUGCGCGGGCGGAAGGUUGUCAGCGACGAAGCAGGACCUGACUUUGUAGCAGUAGAGGGCGCUAAAUCACAAAAACUCGCCACUACCUUGGGUGUGACACUAAGUUCCAUCACGUGUGGCUGUUUUUCACCGGCGCAAGCGUUGCGCGUCAUCUUGCAGCGAUUGACUUGGAGCUGCACAGUGCAGAUGCUAAAAGCACUGCAGCUUUUAAUACCCGGUUUUACGUCGUUUGGAGGACACGUAGUGUCCUUCGGCAGCUCCUGUCGAGAUUUAUUAAUAAGAAAAGAAAAGAAAGAAAGCAAGCAAGAAAGAACGAAAGACUGAAAAAACGAAUGCAAGCGUUCCUUGGUGGAACUCAACGUCCUUGUUCGGUUAUAGGCACCAGUUCUGGAAACGAGUUUGAUCGACACAGUCUGUGUGCGUCGUUGCUUUGCAGCCUUUCAAACACAAGAGUGCGCGUUAGUGCUCCCAGUGCUCUUCGGAAGGUGUUAAUGAACUCUCGCUGCGACUUUGACCAGAUUGGUUCGGCUUCCGUGUCUGGCGCAUGCAUCGGAAAUACAAGCAAACAAGAAAAAAGAAAAUGUCCUGCCGAGUGAAACGCUUCGUAAGAACUUCUGUGGAAUCUGUACAUAUACGACACACUAUUUGUUUUAGGUACGUGCGUGCUUUUCUUUCUGUAUUGUUUAAAGUGUAAAUACGGUCGAUGUAAUUUAUAACAUGCGAAAAAGGGAUUCUCAUUAAAGAAGAAAUGUGCAUCAAUUGA